AAACUCAAUUUUUCCAACGUAUGUUUUUGAACCCAAAAAAUACUCUCAAAACCAGAAAAAGAGAAAAUCUGUGAACACUUUCAGAGUACCAAUUUGGAAACCCAAUUUACAAACAUGGAUCACCGUCUUCGUUGUAGAGGAGAAAAGAAGGUUUUUUCUGGGUUUACAACAACCGAGAUGGAGAAAAUGGAGAGAGUACUAAAGGAAUCAGGGCAACUUCCAAAUUCAGAGGUCAUUAAGAAAUUGACAGGUGGAUUCAACCGUUCUGCAAGUCGUGCUGGAAAACCUGCUUUAAAAUGGACCGAGGUUCAAGAUUGGUUUCUUGUUAGGCAGCAAGAUCUUAUGUCAAAAGGUACGUCGCCUAUUGUCCCAAACAAUUUCCCACCUGCCCAAGAAGCCUGUGCGUUGGAGAACAUUAACGAGACUUCCGAUAUGUCUAAAGGAGAAAAAGUUAUAGAUCUGUCAAACAUGGAAUUCGAGGCAAAAUCAUCAGAUGAUUCAUGGUACGAUGUGGAGACUUUUAUCACACACAAAUUUCUUGAAUCAGAUGGACCCCAAGUUCUAGUAAGAUAUAUUGGUUUUGGGACAGAAGAGAAUGAGUGGGUCCAUGCUAAAAACGUGAGGGAACGAUCGGUCCCACUUGAGAACUCAGAAUGCAAUAAAGUCAUGGUUGGAGAUACCCUACUCUGCUUACAAGAGAAAAUGGAUCAAGCAAAAUAUUAUGAUGCUCAAGUUAUCGAUAUUCAAAGAAAGUUGCAUGAUAUAAGAGGUUGCAGAUGCGUUUUCCGGAUUCGGUAUGAACAUGACAACUCUGAGGAAAGUGUUCGGUUGGAUAGACUCUGUGGCCAGCCAGAAUAUUAGAAGUCGGUUCUCAUACUGUAAGUCGUAAUCUGUCUACAUAUAUUCAUACUUUUAUCAUCCAUGUGACUUAUGGGAUGACCUAGCAGUAUUGUUGAUAUGAUGCUUUUGGAUUCCUGCUAGUGAUUUUAUUGCCAUAUGGGUGCUUUGAGCAUUUUCCAUAAGUAUCGUAUCAUUCAACCGUCAAGGUGUGGUACAGCGAUAAGCGCAAAUCCAACUUCCCA